UCCAUGUUCAGAGUCAUCUGAUCUUGAGGAAUUGACACAGCAUGGCUAAUAAUCCCACAGAAUUCAGAAACUACAUUGGAUUUUAAAAAGGCAGCCUUAUUUUUGUACCUUGGAUUUGAAGCAGAUUAAAUAAUAGAAAAGGGUAGGCUAUCAGCUCAUGAUUUGUAUACUACAGCUGUCCAGUUUGAGCUGACAGACAUUCUUUGCAGGGCUAGUUGACUGAAUAAGAAAGGCAGAGAAAAACUCAGAGUAAUAGGUGGACUGUAAAAAAAAAAAAAGUGUGAUAGAGGGGGGGAAAUGAAUGCAACAACAACCAAAGCUGAUGGAGUUACUCACUAGAACAAAUAGUUAAAGCUCCUUUGUAAACUACAAAAUGAAGGUAUAAAGGAAACUGGAUUAGUUCAUAGUCCUGACACACACUUCAAGUUGUAAUAUAGUGUAAAUUACUGUUCUAAGUAAACUUGGACUAAGCUUUCUGCAAGCAGGACAACAAUAGAACCACCAUGAAAGGUGAACUGCUUUUGGUUUCAAGUAUCAUUGUACUAAUGCAUAUGGUAUGUGGAUGCCCCGAAAAGUGCCUAUGUCAUCAAACGUCAAAGACAGUGGACUGCAGGAAUCAAGGACUUGUUGAAAUUCCCUCCCACAUACCUCCUGAAACUCUAAUAUUACAGUUGCAGAAUAACCAUAUUUGGAAAAUCAAUCAAAAUGCAUUCAAUGAGACCCCUUUGCUCAAAAUUUUAGACUUGUCUAAUAAUUCUGUUUCAAAUUUGUCAUCGGGUGCUUUCCAAGGAUUACGAUAUCUACAGGUUCUAAACCUAACCAAGAACUUGAUUCAUUACCUAGAAAACAAGACUUUCAAUUCCCUCCCUCAAUUAAAAGAACUGGAUUUGUCAUCCAACAGUAUAUUACAUUUGCCUGAAACUCUAGGAAAUAAUACAGAGAAUAUAACUUUAUUGUCUGUUAAGUAUAACAAGGUUCAAAGACUGGACAGAAUUCUGCUGGAAUCCCUCCCAAACCUGAAAGUUGUUCUUUUCAAGAAUAAUCCAUGGCAAUGCACUUGUCAUGUCAUUGGCCUUAAACUGUGGCUAGAGAGCUUUUUAUACAGAGGAGGAAUAAGUGAUGGCAUUAUAUGCUCAACACCAGAAAAUUGGAAGGGAAAGGACCUCCUCAAAAUUCCUUAUGAGAUGUACGGGGCAUGCCCUCCCACAGUCGCUAAUAUUCAUCUGGCUAAUAUUCAUCACCAUAACUUUGAGCACAGAAGUUCUCUGAAGCACACUCAGCACAAUGAAAAUGGAGAAAGUAGCCGUUCAGACUGUGAACCUAAACCAAAGCCAAGGCCAGUUAGUUUGCGUCAUGCAAUUGCCACUGUAGUAAUAACUGGAGUUGUCUGUGGAAUUGUGUGUCUAAUGAUGUUGGCAGCUGCUGUGUAUGGUUGUGCCUAUGCUGCAAUUACUGCUAAAUACCACAGAGAACACUUGGCCCCAGUAACAGAGCAGGGGAGUCCCGAGGAAAAAGAGCCAUUUGGUAGUUCCUUGGCUUAAGUUACUUUUGGUCUUUGGUUUCACCCAAGUAAGACUCCUCGUUUCAAUCAGAAGCUUAGUGUCAGGUAUGACUGAUUUACUUGUUACUCCUGUAUUUUGCUUUUUCACAUUAAAAAAGUUUCUGUAAAAUAAGCAUUCAUUCCUGGGAAGCAAUUUAUGUUGAGAGGUGAAAUAAAUAUAUUAUUUAUGUUUUGUGCAUGCAUACAUUCUGAAGUAUUACAUGAGGAUGUGAGUUUGAGAUUAAUUAAAUCUUCAUGUAAACACUUUCAAAUAUUCUGUUCUACAUUAACUAGUCCACUGUGUAACAUUAGUAUAAUUCAUGGCAAUUACAAACAGACAGUCACUAGCCAUCACAAUGGAAUGAAAAAUGCAAAGCAAUUUUAAGUGGCUUGGUAAAGCUUGCCUAAUAUGUACCUAAGGAAUAUAUGGCAGAACAGUUACCUCUAAAUACAGGUCAUACUAUCUAAUAGUAGAACUGUCCAAAUUAUUCACUGCAAGUAACUGACCCAACAAUUUUUUAAAAAUAAAUAAUUUGCAAACACAUUUUCUACUAUUCGACCGGCUCUACUAGAUAAACCAUUUUAAUAUUGCACCCAUGAUGUAGUUUAUGACAUGGAAAAUCCAUAAUUAGCUAUAGCAGUUCAGUUCUAGGCCUUGUCCAAAGAUAGAAACAUCUUUCUCUUACUUGGGGAACAGUAAAGAGGAGCUGGCAAGAUGGAAGUGAAGGAGAAAUGGUUAACAUGACUGCAUCAUGGCAUUCUGAUAAAAGGAUUUGAGAAAUGGCACGGACAGAAGCAAAAAUAAAAUAUAGACAUAGAAGCUACACUUUCUUCCUCAACAAAGGACUAAUACACAACCACCACAGACACUUCUGAUGGUCUUAAUUCAUAAAACUUCCAUUUGGCAACUCUCAUAACAGGAAUAAAAUAAUGGAUUUGGUACUGAAACCAAUACAAUUAUGUGUUUGUAUACUGUUAUUCUCUCUCUUAUGUCUGGCUAGAUUCCCCGUAGGAUGUAUCCUAGCAGAGGAAUCCAUAAGCAGAAAGUUUGCUAUAAGAGGAAGUUGCAGUCACAAAAUCCUCAACACCAGAGAACCAGAAGGGAAAGAAUAUUCUUAAACUGCAGAAACAUUUUUCAAAUAAAAUAUUUGGCUAGGGAGUUCACUGCACCAUUUAAAUCUAGUAUUAGAUUAUUAUAAUAUAUAUGUCUAAAUUUUCUAGCCCGGAUUUUAGUUUCAGAAUUAGCAUUUUGUAACAAAAAAAAAAAGGAAUUUUAUUUUAACUAGUGUAGUGAUGCAAGGGUAUUGGAUGGAAUUUUACCAUCUGUGCACUAAAUGAAGAUCCUCAGUGCCAAACCAAAGUCAAAGGCUCUUUACUGGUGGGAAUUACAAGGGAGCUGGGAGACACAUACACACAAGCUAAAUUUAGGGUCCAGGGCACCCAUGCAAUUAGACUGCAGAUGCAAAUGUGAAAAAUGCUAAAGCUCCAAUUGACUUCAGUGGAGCCAGGAUUUCACUGACACUGCUCCCAGUAACCUGGGACUCAGCUAUGGCCCUUUAAGUACAAAUACCCUCUGCUAACCCCUUAAAAAAACCCAACCCAACCUACCAAAACCUUUUAGACCGUCUUCCUAAAGAAGCAAAAAAAGAUACAAAAAUGAUUUUUAAAUAUUUUUUAGGUCACCUUUAAGCUGCUUUUGGCAUUUUCAUGUGCACUUAAGGCGUUAAGUCCAUGUGAAAUUCUGCCAUAAAGCAAGAUACUUCUUACUUCCAUUAGUGCAUUCCUUUGUAUGACUGGAGUAGGCCAAUCCAUACUAAAUGUGUCAUAUACAUUCUAACAUGCUGUAUGUUAAAAAAAUGCAGAAACAUCACAUUAUGCUUUGAUAAAAUUGUAUACAUUUAUAAAUUCAGCCCACGGUUGCCACAAACAGCCAUUUAAGAUGAUAAUGUUUACCAACAGUUUAAAUGUCAACAGAGGAAAAUAUAGAGCCAAUCAUUUAAAUUAACAAAUGCAAACUUACAAUUUUGCAAUAUGAAAAAUGUAAUGUUUAUCUGUAAAAA